CCGGCUAGCACAGUGGCAAUGACAGCAGUUGUCAACACUUGAACAACACGCGUGUUAACAGUUUUACUACACUCAUUGCUCCCUAAAUGAAGCCCAAUGCUCGUCAGCCGCUGGUUCCGACUGUGCUCUCUGUGUAGCCGUGUGGUUUACAGCAGCAGAGGAAGAGGAGCAGGAUGGGGGACACGAACAGGACAUGCUAACAUCACACAGGUGCAACACUGCUGGGGUACAGCAGCACCCAGACGCCUCUGUCACAGGGGUUUUGGGGACUUGUACCAGACUGAGUCAGUUCAGAGGUAUCUUGAGCAGUUAAUGGAGGAGUACAGAGACCUCAGCAAGAAGUUACAGCAUGCUUACCUCAGCGAGUCAGACAGGAAAGUGCUCAUGAAGAAACAGACAGCGCUGCUGCCCCUGGCAAAUGUGUUUGAGAGGGUUGAACAAGCCAUGAAAGACCUGGAGGAAGUCCAUUCACUUCUGCAUAGUUCAGCCGGUACCAAAGAUGAAGAUGAACAGUUGACCCAGCUGUUAAAAGAAGAGGAAGCUCAGAUCUCCUCCGAGAUUUUGGCCUUAAGAAAAGAUCUGAUCAAAGCCCUUGUGCCUGCCGACCCUCUGGACUCCAGUAACAUUCUGCUGGAGGUUGUUUCAGGACGAACAACAGGAGGUGACAUCUGUCAGCAGUUCACCAGAGAAAUGUUUGACAUGUACCAGGGUUUUGCUUAUUACAAGAAUUGGGACUUUGAGGUUUUGAACUACACACCUGCUGAGUAUGGUGGUCUGCAUCAUGCAGCAGUGAGAAUAGCUGGGGAGAAUGUGUACAGACAUCUGAAGCAUGACGGAGGAACACACCGGGUGCAAAGGAUCCCUGAGGUGGGCCUCUCCUCCAGGAUGCAGCGUAUCCACACAGGAACUAUGACUGUCAUCAUCCUGCCUCAGCCAGUGGAGUUUGAAGUCAACAUCGAUCCAAAGGACCUCCGCAUCGACACAUUCAGAUCUCGAGGUCCUGGGGGCCAAAGUGUCAACACAACAGACAGCGCAGUGCGCAUUGUUCAUCUUCCCACAGGUAUAACAGCCGAGUGUCAGCAGACUCGCUCUCAGCUGCAGAACAGAGACACCGCCAUGCGUGUGCUGAGGGCCCGGCUCUACCAGAGCAUGAUGGGUAGAGAGACUGAGCAGAGGCACACGGCAAGGAAGCAGCAGGUGGGCACACGUUCUCAGUCAGAGAGGAUUCGUACCUACAACUUCAGCCAGGAUCGUGUCACAGACCACAGGACUGGAUAUACUACUAGAGACAUAAAGGAGUUCAUGAGAGGAGGGGAGGCUCUCCAGGAUCUGAUCUCGGACGUACUUGAACACGCAGAGAGGGAGGCUCUCCUGGAGCUGGUGGAGAGCAGCUGUAGUCUGAAACCACUGGAGUCUGGACAGUCUGCAGACUGACACCCACCACAGCUUCCUGCCAAGUGAUUCAGCAGAUGCAUUUCCCCAACACUCAUUGCAGCUCUGUGACUGCAAACCAGGGCUCAGAUAUAUAUUAUUUCAAUAUGAAUGUAUGCUUGUGCAGUAGUCAGAUUGAAAACUCACUCAUAUUUAAGAGGUUUUUAUUUUUGUAAUAAAAUAUUAAAUUAUG